UUGUAGCGAUUUCUUUUGACUCGAUCCGAAGGAACGAGAAGAAAGAAGGAGGGCGCAUACUGUUGCUUCAUGGCUUGCCUUGCUUUAUAUCUUGAGCAUUGCAUUGUAUGUCGCAUGUGCUGUAAUCGAGCUGUCGGUCGAGUUCAGCUGAAACAUGGAGCUUUCUGAGCAGGAUCUGGAGAUCAAUGAUGAUGAUCUGAUGCAGCUAACUGGUCUUAAAAAGCCGAAAGCCAUCAGCGGCAUUGAAGCAGCCAUUGUUGUGGACAAUGUUCCUAGAGUGGAUGGUGCGCGGCAAGAACGACUCAAGGGCGUCAUAAUGAAGAUCAUGUCCAGAUUUGGCAAGAUUGUUGGCGAACCUUUCUUCCCUGCUGAUGAGCAAGGCAACACCAAAGGGUACGUGUUCUUGGAGUACUCGAGUGAAGCGGAGGCAGUGGCUGCUGUCAAGACAGCCGACGGUUACAAGCUGGACAAAGGCCAUGUGUUCACGGUCAACCUACUGACCGACUUUGAGCAUUAUCAGAGUUUGCCAGAAACCUUCGAGCCACCCAAGACUAAAGAAUUUGUCUCAGAGGGAAACCUUCGGUCUUGGUUGAUGGAACCUGAUGCCCGUGACCAGUAUGUUGUGCAUGCUGGUGAUACAUGCACUGUGUUCAGCCACAGCGCUGAAGACGCAGACUAUGUUUUUGACAGAAAGUACUGGACAGCCAAGUACCUCCGAUGGACCCCACAGGGAACAUAUGUAGCAUCAUUGCACGAUCAAGGUGUCAUUAUGUGGGGAGGUGACAAGUUUGAACGCAAGCUGCGGCUUGCUCACAGCCGUGUGCAGCUGAUUGACUUUUCACCAUGCGAACGUUAUGCUAUCACGUUCAAUGGUGCGCCAGACAACGAAGCAUCCCCAGAUGCUAUCGCUGUGUGGGACCUGAAGCGUGGUCACUGCAUUCGUCGUUUCAACGCAGGUGAAAACAAAGAGUGGCCGAUCUUUCGGUGGAAUUUUGAUGGCAGCUUAUUUGCACGCAUGUCUGAGAACUUGAUCAGCGUAUAUGAGAGUGUGACAUGCAGCCUCCUUGAUAAGGAAAGCUUUUUCAUCAAAGGCAUUAGGCAAUUCUCGUGGUCACCAUCUGAUAAUAUCAUCGCGUACUGGACCCCGGAAGAGUCAAGUAUACCGGCUAGAGUUGCACUGAUGGAGAUACCUAGUCGCCAGGAGAUACGGACAAUGAACCUGUUCAGUGUUGCCGACUGCAAAAUUGUCUGGCACGGUCAAGGUGACUAUUUGGCUGUCAAGGUGGAUCGUUUUGCCAACAGCAGAAAGAAGGUGACCAUUGCAAACUUUGAAAUUUUCCGGAUUCGGGAAAAGAACAUUCCUGUGGAGAAGAUAGAACUCAAGGAUGCGGUGCAAGGAUUUGCAUGGGAGCCACAUGGCAACAAGUUCGCUGUUAUUCACGAACUUCAAGGCUCGCCUGGUGUCUGUGUCAGUUUCUACGAGAUGGAAACAGACAAGCUAAAACUCAUCAAGAUGCUGGAGAAGAAGCUUGUAUCACACAUCUUCUGGUCACCCAGGGGACAGUUUGUCGUUCUAGCAGGCCUCAAACAGUCCAAUGGUAUAUUGGAGUUCUAUGACACAUCAGACAUGACAAUGAUGAACGUUAGCGAGCACUUGAUGGCCACUGAUAUUGCGUGGGACCCUACCGGUCGCUACCUGGUCAGCUCCGUGAGCACGUGGUACCAGAAGGUGGACACUGGAUACAUCGUCUGGUCACUGCAUGGACAACCGCUGCAGCGCCAUAGCGUCGAUGGCUUCUGCGAAUUGCAUUGGCGACCUCGCCCCAAAUCACUUUUAUCUGAAGAAGAGGUCAAGCGCCUCAAACGUGAUUUGAAGAAGACCUACACCCCCAAGUUUGACAGCCAGGACAGGAAAUCCCGCAACAAAGCAUCCAAGGCCGAAAUUGAGAAACGGCAGCAGCUCAUGGCGCAGUUCAAGGCGUACCGUGCAAGGGUCACGCGGGAACUGGCGGAGGAAGAACCACGUCUGCGUGAACUAAGAGGGGAUAUGGACCAGGACGAUGGUGAAUAUGAUGAGGAAGUUGUUGAGUAUCUGGUCAACGUGGAGGAAGUCGUCCUCAAGUGAACCUUUGCUUCUAUGUGACACACGUCGAUCUUGCAUCGCGCCGGUUUAUUUUUCAUCAAGAACCCGAAAUUGUACAAAGUUUGAACUACAAACCCACUUGUAUGAUUCCGAUUCCCUGCCUGAUAACAAGCAGGAGCUGCUUUCAUUUUGCCUAGGGGCUGUUUUAACUAUUAAACUUUAGUGUUCUCUUUCAUAAGGUUUGUUUGUCUGUCUCGUCGAUGUGAUUAUAUUGCUGCUUGUGUCUGCGUAAUGCACAAAGAUGUCAACAUAGUUAUGCUGUUCGGGUUGCCAAACUUGCCGCUGCGGAAAUUGCAGGUCAAUCAUAGUCCGGUGCUUGUAGAUGUACAUGCGCAACAAUAAACCGUGAUUCACAAUAUCACUUUCUGGUUUCUGCCGGCAAUUUGACGUGCAAUAUGCAACAAGGAAAUGCUGGUAAGACUAGCUUGACCAAAGUUAAACGUUUGCGAUGUGCAACACGACGCAUGCCAAUAGAGUACCGGUGCAGGUUUCUAUGCUGGUCGCACGUGCAUGUACAGUACAACGCACUGCAUUUAGUAGGUGUUGCAGAAACCAAAGAUACUGUGCAUCAUCGGCAUGUGUCACAUACGCAGCUCAUCGCCAUAACUGUUUUUGAGGAAUCUGCAUUACGCUGUAACAUUACCAGUCACUUGACCUCUGAUAUACAGUACAGUCUUUCCCUUUCUUCUGGAUUCUUUCCACUUCUCACCAUUUCUUCCUUGUUAUGUCUGUUGUCACUGA